UUUCUUGGUUACGGCAUACUUCCAAUGCGCGAGAUGUACGACCGUGAUGAGAUCUGUGAAGUCCUUCGACAUUGGGCAACAACUGUAGUAGAGAAAGUCGCGCGUUUUGCCAAAGAAGCGCUACCCGAUUUCCGCGCCCUUCAACUCGGUGACCAAGUGACGCUGCUAAAAUAUGCAGCGUUUGAAAUCUACCUUAUCAUGGCCUCAUCGAGGUACACAGCGGAUGGGUUGUGGUUCCCGGAACAUGGUGUAUUCAUAAAGAGAGAAACGCUAGACGCUUUGCAGAUACAGAAUCUGUUUGAAUCCAAGUUCAAAUUCUACGACAAAAUCAACCGGAUGUAUCUGACUGAACGUGAGGUGGCGCUGUUCUGUGCAUUGUCACUGGCUUCUCCAGACAGGGAAGACCUUAGUGAUCGCACCAAAGUCGAGAAUUUCCAGGAGUACUUGGUAGAAUGUCUGCAAAUGGAACUGAAACAAAACCACCCUGACAAUCCGAUGAUGUUGCCACGUGUUGUCGCCAGGCUGGUGGAAAUGCGACAGUUGAUGCCUGAACACGUGCAAUCGUUACAAAACCAGCCACCGGGUGCAAUGGUACCGACGCCAUUACUUCGGGAAAUAUUCGGACUUUCGAACACGGUGUGACAAAAACAAGUGAUCCGUUGAAGUAAUCUGUCCAUUCGUAGUCAAGAACAACUGACUAUACUUGAUGUUGUAGCAGACUAUAAGAAAUGAAUUGAAAUUGCAUUUUAUAAUGUUUGUUGAAUUUUAUGGUAUAACAUAUCUAGAGAGUACAAGACUGGACAAGAAAAGUCAAAUUAUCGCAGUGCUGAUAGCUCAUUUUGAUUUCAAGCAACCUAAUAUUAUAUUGGCACCACAGAGCCGAAAACAAAGAUUUUCGAGGGGAAAUUGUUACACACCAAUCCUUUUGUCGCUUACUAUAGUGGCAUUUGGGUACAAAUUUUGUACAAGCGGGUUACGCGAUUUGACCGACAAAUAAUAUAUAUUUUAGUUUCUCAUUACGAUUGCUUCCAAACAAAGAAAAUGAAAACCUUAAAAUGCACGUUUUAAAUGAAAAGAAAUGAAGCUAAAAAAAAACAUUAUCAAGCUUGGUUACGAAAAUUUUACCAACCUUACAAGAACACGCACAAAUGCAUGGUUAAACUGUAUCGCGUGGAGAGGAAGACAUAACACGUUUCCGUUGAUCACAUGAUGCUGCAUUUAAUCACGUGAUUGGUUUUGCCAAGAGAUAGCACGGUUAAUCACGUGAGAUUGUUUCUGUAGCAUAUUUCAAUGUAGUAGAACU